GUGAUUUCCGGUUUCAAGUUUUUACAAAUUAAUUUGAUUAUUCCAAAUAUUAGUGAAUAUGAGUCCAAUAAGAGGUUAUUAUAUGAUAAAUUAGAAUCAGUCUUUAUAAACCAAUAGGAUUUACAAGAAUCGUAUUAGAAUCACAUUAGAAGACUUCCGUCAACUACUACAAUGUAAGCAGCAUUCAUUCAAAUGCCCAGGUAUUAUACAUGCAGUAUCACAGAAUAGCUCUCAAAGGAUAGCAAGAUCUACAGGUACUUGAAGUGGCAAUUAAACAAAAUGGUGAAGACUUUACAAGAUAUGUGUAUUGGUUGCAUAGGUGGCAAUCUACACAGAAUUAACAGAGUUGGCAGUUAUAUUCCUACUGUACACAAGGAGCUUCUAAUAGAGAGACUCGCCAAUCAUGAUAUGUUAACUUUGGAAUACUUACCUACAGUGACUUAUAAUCUCUUCUCACAAACUUUACGGAAUAUUAAAUUUUACAAAUGUUCUCAAAUUACUGAUCAUGUAUUAAAAGCACUGUAUGACAGCGGCUGUAUGUUACACAGUAUUACAAUUCAUGGUUGUGAAAACGUAACUGAUGCUGGUAUAAUGCAUGUAACCACUGAACAGGUUGACCUAGAAGAAGUUCAUCUAAAGAAGCUAGUGAACAUCUCCAAUAAAGCAUUUACUCAACUUAAAUCUCCCAACUUAAUAGAACUUGAUUUGAGAGGAUGUAGUAAUAUAACUACAGAAGGUGUAAAGAUGGCAGUUAUUAACAAUCCCAGUAUUAAAGUUAUCAACCUGGCAGAGUGUCCCAAGCUUACUCUUUCUGUAUUCUCCAUAGUAGCUGAGGCUUUAAAUGAAAACCUGGAGUCUCUUGACAUACUAGAUAUAAUGAAUGAUGACAGUCUAUGUGCAAUAGCCAAAUAUUGUCCCAAUCUAACAAGAUUGAACUUGCAUGGCAGUAACAGGGUCACACAAGAAAGUAUUCUCAAAUUGUCACAAAGCUGCACAAAAUUACAGGAGUUGGAUCUGUCAUAUGUCAGCCAGCUAUCAAACAGGCCAGAUUCAGAAAGCCUUUGGACUCUCCCCACCUCCCUCACACAGCUAUCUCUUUGUGGAAUACUCCUUGAUGACAGAGAUCUGUUUGUUGAGUGUGUAAUAAGAUUAACAUCAUUAAAAGGAAUAAAGUUGAGUGGUGUGAGUGCACUCUGUGAUGAUACACUCAGUAAGAUACUCAGUAAGAUAGGUUCAAACUUGGAAAUCCUGGAUCUGGGAUGUAGCAUCACAAAUAAUAUAACAGACGAGGGUUUGAAAAGUGUGAAUAAAUACUGUGAUAACCUUGAGUCACUUGUCAUCAACCUGCUUACUACAAUCACUGGUGUAACUCUCAUACCAAUGUUCCAAGACACGACAAGAGCGAGCAAUUUCAAGUCGCUCUAUUUAAGCUGCCGUAAGCUAAGUGUAGAGGUGCUGUAUGCUGUAGCCAGUGGCUGCCAUAACAUAGAGCUAUUGGACCUAUCAGGCCUAGAUAUUGUAGAAGACACCCUCCUCGUGGAUCUAGCUGAGAACUGUACCAAAUUAAAAAAGAUUUUCCUCAAGGCCUGUAGACAGAUCACAGAUGUCGGUGUAUGUGAGUUGUCCCGCUGCUGCCCACUGAAAGCUGUUAAUAUAUCUGGCUGCAGUAACCUAACAGACAAGAGCAUCUUUGCAUUGGCUAAUAGCUGCCAUUACUUGGAAUAUGUCACUCUCAAUGGAUGUGCCAAAAUAUCACCUGUUGCUGUUAGAUACUUACUGGAUUGCUGCCUUGAAAGAGUGAAAAUCAUGCAUAGAGUGCCAAAUGCAUAUCCUGAUCAGCUUAUGGCAAAGAACCUCGAUACUGGCGAGUUCUGCAGAGUGGAUCUGAUGAACGUUACAUAAAGAUGACAUUAUAAUAUUAAAUGUCUAAUUUCUGGGACUUGAUCAGCUAAUUAUUUUUCAACAGGGUUCCUAUACACCUUUUACAUAUUAAAAUUCCCUGACAUUUCAAGGCAAAAAUUUCCUAGAUUUUAUUUUACUUUGCACAGUCUCCAUGAAGUCACAACAAAUGCAAGUACAAUGUAGUAAUUAAAGGUCAAGAUUAACCAUAAAAAUUUCAACGUCUUUCACUCUUUAUCAAAGAGUGUUCAAUUCAAUUAUCCAAGAGAUAUCAUUUUUCUUAUAAAUAAUUGCCAACUUAUAUACUUUCAAAAAAGUUUUGUCUUCUUAUGAUUUAAUAUUUUUAGUUUUUUUAGUUUUUAUCUUCAGCAUCUUAUAAAGCCUUGCACUUUCUGUUUUGUUUCCUUUUCAACUCUCUUUUUGCAGUUCAGCAUUAAAUAGGAAAUUUAUUCAAAAUGUUAUCACAUUCUUUACUUAGGCAGGCUAUAUACAGUAAGUAAUACAAUGCACAGUCUAAAGUUAAACUAUAUCAGGUAUAAAAUAAUUAUAAUUAUAUUGCCUAAACUUCUCACUUGCAGUCCUUUGUCAUUUCUUUGCUGAUGGGUAUUAGGUUGGUAUCAAUGGCAUGGUACUUGGUCACAUUCUAUUAUGAUGCGGUUCAUGCCAUUAAACACUCUCCUUCCAGUCACUAGAACUUUAGCUGUCAUAUUGUUUUGCUGCAUGUUGGAAUUCACAGAAAAUCCCCUUUCAAUAGCAGCCAGACCAUGAGACAGAACCAACAAUGUUUUCUUGAUAGUUUCAUGAGAGUCACAAUCUUUUCCAAUUCUCACAUUCAUUCCAUUCAACAUAAUAGAAUUCAUCUUGUCGUUGGCUGGUGUAAUUAUGUUUGACGAUUUCUUCUUUCUUUGU